AUGGCGCAAAAUCAGAGCUCUUGGAGGUUAGAUCACUUUUUCGACAAUAAAGAAGGUUUCACCAUGAAGUGUGAUACAUAUGUAAUACUAGGGACAUUCUAUGGUAUAGCAGUCAUCCUAGACUCAACAUUAGGAAAGAAAUCCAAAGACUAUUAUGAACUGCUAGGUGUAAAAAGAACUGCAAGUGAAAAAGAAAUUAAAAAAGCAUUUAGAAAGUUAGCUGUUAAAUAUCACCCAGAUAAAAAUAAAGAUGAUCCAAAGGCAGCAGAGGAAACAUUUAUAGAAAUAGCAAAAGCCUAUGAGGUUCUAUCAGACAAAGACAAAAGGAGACAGUAUGAUCAAUUUGGAGAAAGUGCAUUUGAAAAUGGAGGCCAAGGAUAUGGUGGACAAGGAUUUGAUUUCAACUUUGAUGAUUUCUUCAAAGGAUUUGACUCACACUUUGAACAUCAUAACACUGCUCAUAAUGGCCGAGGGCACUUCGAUGACUUCGAUAGUUUCUUUAAUUUUGAUAAUCUCUUCGAUGAUGAUGACUUUGGUGGGUUUGGGGAUGAUGAUGAUCAUUUCGGAGGUGGAAAUGGAUUCCAUUAUGAUUUUGGUGGUGAUGAUUUGUUCGCCAGUAUGGACGAUAUGUUUGGAGAUCACCAUCACCAUAACUUCCACCAAGAGGUGCAUAAUAACCACCACCAGCAAGCCCACCAAGCACAUGCCAGAGCUCAAACUGUACAUAGGCAAAGUCAAUCAAGCCAUUCAGGAGGGAGAAGUUGUAAGACAGUUACUCAAAGAGUUGGGAAUAUGGUGUCAACACAUACUGUGUGUACUUAAGAGCUUUUAUACUGUCCGUUCACAGCACAGUGUGUGCAGUAUAUAGUUAUGAGCCUUCCAUUGAUUACUGUAUAAUUAUUUUUAUACAUCAUGAUUCUGUUCAUCUUGCUCUUGCAAGCCUCGGACUUAUCCUCUUAUAGAAUGUCACGAUUGAGUGUGAGUCGAUGAUGGAUUCUAAUUAUUAGUGCCAAUAUACAUACAGAAGGAGAAAGUGAUGUUCCAUAUUUAUGCAUCAUUUGUGGAAAAUGCAGUUAUGUAAAAAUAGACAAAUUCGGUAAAUUUUGCCACCUGUUGGCCAUGAUGUCAUUCUUUUCAGAACAGAACUAGGAUUAACCUAUUGCUCAUUUUCAAAAACCUCUUUAUUUUCUUUUACAAACAUGGCUGCUCCAAAUUACGAUAGCCAAUACCAGUAUAUCCUUGUUUCUGUGGUCCACCAAAAGUGG